AUGCCACUUCCUUUUCCAGGGAGGCUUGUAAGGGAUGAGAAAGAGCAGGAGGAAAAAGGAAUCCUCAAGACAUUCAGGAAGGUGGAGGUAAAUAUCCCUUUACUCGACGCUAUCAAACAAAUCCCUCGUUAUGCAAAAUUCCUCAAGGAAUUGUGUACUAGCAAAAGGAGGUUAAUAGGCAAUAUAGGCAUUAAGAAAGCCAUGUACGAUUUAGGGGCUUCCAUUAAUGUUAUACCUUAUUCUAUUUAUAAACUGAUUAACGCGGGUCCUUUAAAAGAGACAAGAGUAAUAAUCCAGUUGGCGAACAGGAUAGUCGUCUAUCCUGAAGGGCUGCUUGAAGAUGUCCUUGUUAUAGUUAACGAAUUAGUUUUCCCUACAGAUUUUUACAUUAUCGACAUGGAGGAUGACAAUUCGACUAAUUCGGCUAAUUCGUCUGACAUAAUUCUUGGGAGACCAUUCUUGAGUACUGCACGAACGAAAAUUGAUGUUUGUAAUGGAACACUUACCAUGGAAUUUGACGGUGACGUGGUUAGGUUUAGUGUUUAUGGGGAUAUGGGACAUUCAAAUGAUAAGUUACAAAUUGUGCCUUGCAAGAAUAUGGAUCUCAAUUUUAAGCAAAAGGAAUUAUCGAUGAUCCAAAAACCAAUACAUGAAGAUGUGAUGAAAGCCUCAAAAUUGGAAAUCAAACCGUUUCUAGAACAUACAAGGAUUCCAAUAGAGGAAAAUCUAAAGAUGAACAAAGAAGAUCAAAUGAUAGGAGAAUCCGAGAAAUACUUCAAGGAUAGUGGAAAAAGGUCGAAACCUUUCUGCAAGAACAUCCAAGUGCACAAGAUGGGAAAAUUAAUUCUCAAUAAACCCAAAGGAUAA